UAGCAAUAACAAAACAAUAACAACCAGUGUGGUGAUUUGAAAAAUAAAUCGUUUCUAAAAACAACAUACAAUAGAGUUUAGUGUCUACGACUGUUUGAGUUGUUUCAAAAAUAAAAUAUUUGUAAAAAUAAUUUAAUUUUUUGAAGGACUUUUCGCGAGAAUAUAUCAUACGUAAUACAAAUAGAAUAUAUUUUUCUAGUGGAACCCAUAUACCCGUACAUAUAUUUAGAACUAUACUAUAGAGUCAACAUUAAACCCAUUUACAUAACAUAAAUGAUCUCACCGAGAAAGUCCACAUCGGCGCUGAGCCUCAUACCGGAGGAACGUAGCAAAUUGCUGCCGGUAUCCACAAAGAGCUGUGAGAGUCUCUACUCGAACACAUCCAGUUCGAAGGGUUCGAGUAAUAAUUUAUUUCGUCGCAAGAAUGCUUUGAGCCAUCAGGGUGUCGGCGCUAGCAUGGGUCGCCACGCUACAUUGAUACCCGCCACAACGGAGGUGCGGCAACGUGUGCUCUCCGCGCGCCGUCUACGCAUGAAGACGUUCCAAAAUCAAUUGGUCGAUGCACAACAAACCAUAGCGGAUCUCGCACAUGAAAAUCGCAUUUUGCGCACACUCCACAAGCGUCAGGACUCGGCUUUGGCCAAGUAUGAAUCCACCAAUGCUGAGUUGCCGAAACUUUUACACUCACAUGCCGAGGAGUUGCGCGUUUGGCAAGCCAAAUACCGUAAUCUACAGCAACUCAACAAGGAGCUUGAACAUAAACUCAAAACCAAAGAGUCCAUAAUACUCACACUCAGCGAUCAAAAUAAAUAUUAUAGUCAGUUGAAUAAGGAUAGAAAUCUCGAAGAACGACAACGUUUGUCGGAAAAAUUGGAAAAACUGGAAACUCGUUUGCAGGAGAAGGACAAUGAUAUGAAAUUACUGGCGCGUCGUGUACAAAUCGAAACGAAAAAUUUCAAACAACAACUAUUGGCUGAGCAAAAGCGCACAAAAGACGCGCUGCUAAAACUUGAAAAGGCGCGAUUGGAGCUUUCAGGUUAUCGCAAGCUGGACGAAUUGGGCGAAAAAUUCUCAUCCACACUCACCGUUGGACGACGCAAAACGACAACUGCAGAGGAAGAAUCCAAAUUGGAGAAGGAUUUAGAACGCAUCUUAGCAGAUGAGGUAUUAGAUGAUGACGUCAAAGAUUCGGAAACAGAAUUUCAUCCGACUGUUCACCGUGCAACUAAAACUCCAAUGAAUCAGAAAAUUGAGACGCCUUUAGGCUAUGGCAAUCGUAAGGUGGGCUCAUCCAUUGUCGCAAUAGCGAAGUCACAAAAACAACGACAGGAAGGUGGUGGACUAAAAUCGACACUGAAGUCACCGCAGCGGUUAUCUCGACAGCAGUUACAACAACAACGUCAACAAAAGAAAUCAUCUCAACUUAAAGAUGAGCAGACACACGAACGACUUCCUGCUAUAACCGAUUACGAAGAAGAUUAUGAAAACGAACCAGACGAAGAAUUUGCCGAAGUGAGUGAACGUCACCAAAGCAAUCGUUCCGUACGAGAUUAUGCUAGCAUUGACGGUGGUGGGGAUGGCGCUGACACCGAAAAUGGUGAAGAUCAUGUCGACGAGGAUACAGAGGAAGAGGAAAGUGAUUGUGUGAAUGGGCAUUCCGAUCGGAAAGUAGAUGACGAAGUUGGUUCACAUGAGACCUACAACGCUGACUUUCUAGGAGAGGAAGAGCAUGAAGGCGAGAGUGUAAACGGCGAUAAUGGCGAAGAUGACGAUGUCUGUAAUACCGCCAAGAAAACCUCACACAUGAAGGAAGAGAUCUCCAGCAUACGGAAGCAAAUCUCGCACGACUACAGGGAGCGUGAGGCGUUCCUCGACACAUUCUGCCGACAGGCCAAUAGCGGUGUGCUCUUGGAAGAAACGCCCAAAAAGCGAGGCAACGUUUCUCCAGGCCAAAGUCUGCCCAGCAGCCGCAAGAAUAAGCUGCUCGCCGCGCUCAAGGCCAUCGACGACAACAAAAGUCAGGAUUGAAGAACACGCGUACGAAGCUUUAGUUAAGCUUUUCCAACAUACAAAAAUAUACCGAAUACUAGUGACAUUUGCAGUGUGAUUUAUAUACUUCGCAAAUACAAGAUAACAAUAUUUUAUGUAAA